GUGAUGAAACUUGCCUUUCGGACCAGUAGCGUGGCUGGUUCUCUAUUGCGAGUGUUUCUCUCACGGCUUGGGGCUCAGCCGCUGGUCCUUUUUCUGGAUAGUGGCUAAGAGGAUUGCGUUGUAUAAGCCUGCCCAGGACUGAACUGAAUGAGUUGAUGGGACGCCCUCCCUUCGAAGCCGACGCAGCUAUAUGUUCGCGCAUCCCCCCCCCCCCACGUCCUUACGUUGCCUACGUGGCCGGAUUUCUCCAUUUGCAGGCUCGCCUUUGUUUGUUUAACGGCGGGGGUGGGCGGGGGAAGUUAUUCAAGAUCUGCCCUACAAAAUUUAAGCUCUUCUGCCAGGCCUGAUCCAUCAACGUUCCAGAUUGAGGACCAGAACUGAAAUACAGAUGAGAAAAUAAGGCUGGCGUGCUAUUUCCCCACAGUGGGCUAGAAUUUCUACCAACAGUUUUGGCGCCCAACAUGGGGCUCGAGACCAGGAUCAUUUGUCUGCACCAGAUCCAGAAGGUGACGUGGAAGGCAUGCCCUGUCGAUUUCGACAGUCUAUCUCAUCUUGUUGGUAAAGGAGCAGCAACGCUUUCCUCGGCGAACCCAUAGAGUUGAUAUUAGACAGAGAUACGAAUUGAACCGGUGUGUGUGUUGCUGGCUUCUGGGAACUGGGCAACUCCGUGCACGGACCUAGGUAAGUGUUCUGAGAUGGCCAGUAUACACUGCCUAGGCAGUCGGUGGGAAGACUGGGUAGGCCUGUGUGAAUUUGAGACAGUGUGUGUGUGAGACGUCCCAAGUAUCCGCUUAGCGAAAGUGGACCUCUGAUAUGCGAGUGCAUAUCUAGGAGGAUCAGGGGGAAGUGAAUUAAGGAAUUUACGUGAAGUCUCAAUUGGAAUACACAGGACGGUAAACCAGUAUGGGCAACACAGGGAGUACUCCAGGAAAGAAAUGUUUGAGAAAAAUAAGGAGGAACCCCAAAUUAAAUAUAGAUAAAGAAAGUCCAUUAGGGAUUUUGUUGAGUAAUUGGGGAAAACCUCCGUAUAAUGAAAUAAUUAGUAAACUAGCCAUAACCAAGGAAGAUAUGGUUAAUUUGUGUUGUUUUGUCUGGUGGGAAGAUGAAAAAGUAAGAGUGCCUAGAUUAGGAACAAAUGACUAUUUUGCUUGUCAGAAUUUAUAUGAAUAUGUGUGAAGGAAAACAUGCAAAUCAUUAGUCAAUGAAUUAGACUAUGCUUUAAUUUGGAACCCAGGUAAAUGGGUCACCUUGACUAUGAGUGGCCCUAGCCCUCAUAAAAUAACCUCAAUAUAUUUACAAGAAGAAGAGAAGAAUGAAAUAAAGGAAGAAGAUGAUGAAAAAUCCAUUAAAUAUUUACCCCCACCUUAUAAUCCUAAUCUACCACAACCAACAAAUGUACAAAUACCUAUUCCACCACCCCUACCAGCUCCUGUAACACAAGCCCAGGGAGCUGUGAGAGGUGGACCCUAUAAGGUAUUAGUAAAAGAAUUGGAACAAUUGAAGAAAGAUAUAAAGAAUUUUCCCUUUAAGGAUAAACCACUACAGGCUUUUGCUUUAAGAGAAGUACCCAAUGGAGUAGAUGGUCAAGGACAGGCCCCUAUCAGUUUUGUACAUGAGCCUUUAAAGGUAUCUGAAUUAUGCGCCUUUAAGAAAGAAAUGAAAAGCACGAUAGAAGAUCCAGUAGGGGUAGCAGAGCAACUAGAUCUGUUGUUAGGAGCAAACAUAUACACAUGGGAUGAAUUAGGAGUGAUACAGAGCACAUUACUUACAGCAGAAGAAAGACAGUUAAUUCAAAGAGCAGCUCAUUUGGUCUGGACUAGGGAACAUAAUCCCCAAGCACAGGGGGAAAUUUUGGCAGAUGUAAAGGUUCCUGUAAUAAGACCAAAUUGGGAUAAUAAUAAUGCUGCAGAUAGACAAAAUGUGGAAGAUAUGAGAGUAUUAUUGAUAAGAGGAAUAAGAGAAGCUGUUCCAAAAGCACAGAACAUGAGUAAAACUUUAAUGAUAGAACAAGAAAAAGAAGUAUCUCCAGCUACAUUCCUCCAAAGAUUGAAAGACGGAAUGAGGAAGUAUUCUGGAACUGAUCCAGAUGACCCAGCAAAUAUUCCUCUGGUUAAAAUACAAUUUGUGAUAAAAUCCUGGCCAGAUAUAAGCAAAAAACUACAAAAAUUGGAGGGAUGGACAGGGAAAAGUAUAGAUGACUUGUUGAAGGAGGCACAAAAGGUAUAUGUGCAAAGGGAUGUAGAGAAAUUUAGGCAACAGAAUAAAAUGAUGAUUGCCACAAUAAACCAAGUAAUAAAACAAAAGGAAAGAAUACAGAAGGAAAAUGGAUAUUACCUGAUGGAUAGCAGGUGCUGAAUAAAGCCAUAACACGUGAAGUAAUCCAAAUACUCCAUGAGGGUUUUAGAAGAUGUGUUUCUGAAAGGUAUGGCUACAGGAGAGUUUUCACUAUUGUGAAACAAAUAACGGCUGGAUGUCUCAUUUUGCAAGAAAGUUAAUAGGCAAGCUCUAAGAGCAAAGGAAAUUGGGAGAGGAAAGAUGCUCAUUGGCUUUUGAACAGUUCCUUGAAAUUAUAAUAAUAGUUAUUUGUUUGUCAGGAGAAAGUAUGAAAUGAAAUAUCUGUAUGUGAAAGUGUUUAUACAAGCAGUUUGAAUGGAAAUGAAUGUGUGGAUGUGCUGAU